AUUGAUGAUCAUUCUAUGUUCAGAAUUGAAGAAAGAAUGUCUCCACUUCUUGUUAUAAUACUAGUUUUAUUAGUAGGAUAUAAAAUCUACAAAAGUAUAAGUACACUAACAAAUACACCACCAAGCAUUUCGCGAUUGCCAAUAGUAGGAUCUUAUUGGUAUUUAUUAUGGUAUGAUUACAAAUAUCCUUUUAAAGCUGUGACGUAUUAUGCAAAUAAGUUGAAAUCUAAAGUCUUGACAUGCCACUUUGGUGGUAUUGUGACUGUAGUUGCGAACGAUUAUAACAGUAUUAAAGAAGUACUAACGAAAGAUGAUUUUGACGGAAGAGCGGGCACUUUAGACGUUCUCUUAGCAAGAUCCUUUGGAGAAUCAUUAGGUAUCUUUUUCGUCGAAGGUUUAUUUUGGCAAGAACAAAGAAGAUUUGUUUUUCGACAUAUGAGAGAUUUUGGAUUUGGUAGAAGACAUGAAAAAUUUGAAACGAUCGCAAUGGAAGAAAUUACAAUUCUCAUUGACAUGCUGAAAGAAGGUUCCAUUAACGACAAAGAAAAGACAAUCUUAAGAAGUGGUUCCGCGCGAUUUCCGGAUAUUCUGUAUCCAUAUGUUGCGAAUACUAUAUGGUAUAUAAUGUUUGGCGAAACAUUCGAUCGUUCAGAAUAUCAUAAACUGAGAUAUUUUUGUGAAUCUGCAAUGAUGUUUCAAAGAGCAUCUGACACUACUGGAGGAGCUCUUUUUCAAUUUUGGUUCUUAAAGUAUUUUGGAAAUAUGUUUGGAUAUAAAAAUAUAAUGCUAGGAAAUUAUCGUAUGGUAGAUUUCAUUAUGGAACACUUAGACAAGAGAAAAUACUCAGAUAAUGAGGACGAUAAAGGUUUAGUAGACCGAUAUUUAAAGGUUUUAAACGGAAACACUAAAGGAAAAUCAUUCUCCGAGAAACAACUAAUUAUGAUGCUUGUGGAUAUCAUGUUUCCAGCUUUAUCUGCGGUGCCAAGUGCUCUUCUACACACAAUCAAGCUUAUAAUGCAUCAUCCAGAAGUAAUAAAAAAUAUAAGAGAUGAAAUAGAUAAAGUGGUUGGAACUGGAAGACUCGUUACGUGGCAAGACAGGAAGAAUUUACCAUAUAUCGAAGCGACAAUACGGGAAUCGCUCAGAUACGAAACACUGACACCAUUCGGCGUAUUCCAUAAAGCGUUAAAGAGAACUACUCUUUCUGGUUUUGAUGUUGCCAAGGAUACAAUAGUAAUUACCAAUUUAUACGGAUUAAAUACAGACGUCGAUUUAUGGGGUGAUCCCCAUAAUUUUAGACCUGAAAGAUUUCUCACAGAAGAUGGUAAACUGCGUAAAGAUCUCACAUUUUCUUUUGGAUUUGGGCAUCGUGUGUGUAUGGGUGAAACUUUUACGAGAUAUAAUAUGUUUGAGAUAAUCGCCGUAUUAAUGCAAAACUUCAACUUUUCGUUUAUAGAGGGUGAACCAAAUAGUCUCAAAGAUAAAAUGCCAGGUUUAAUUGUUAGUCCAAAAGAAAUGUGGAUUGGAGUGAAACCACGUUAUACCUAACUAUUUCUAUAUAAUUUUUCAAUCAAAUAUUUUUAUUAACAUAUAACACAGUAACAAUAUAUUUAACCUUACUGAAACAAUUUUUAUUCUAAUUUGAAGUGAUAAAAGCUACGAAACUGUAAGGAUUAAAAAUAGAAAAUCAUAUAUAAUUUGUGUACUAUAAAUUUAUUUCAUAAUCUGAGAUAGUCAGAGACAAAAGUUACAUUGCAUUGAAUAAACGUAAUUAAUAUACAAAGAUUUUCAUACGAGUUGACUACAAACAAGUUUCAUUGAUGGUCGGUUAUACUAUGUUAAGUGGUCUAUAAAAUUGUCAAUAUUU